AUUCGUUCAUAGUUAGUUCAACUUUGGUACUAAACUAAUCCCAUCCAGAAGGAACUAGGAAAAAACAAUGGCUGGUGCUUUGAAAUACGUGUUUGUUGCUGUAGCUGUUAUCUGCUACAUGCAGUCCGCUGAGAUGGCUCGCUUGCCACGCAAUACAGCCAACAGUGGUAAUGAACCUGCCCUCCCCGCUAACAUUUUCGAAGCUUUCACCAAGCCUGAAUUCUGGAAUGCCUUGAGCGCCAACAUCUCGGAAGCCUUCACUGAGGAUAACUUGAAGAAAUACGGCAUCCACCCGGUAACCUUAAAUGAUGUUAAGGAAGGUUUUUCCAAAGUACAAGAAAAUUUGCAAAGCGGCCUUGCUGAACUCCAAAAGAACGUCAACGGUUUGAUGGAGCAACAACACCCCGCCGAAGCUAAGCCCAAGAAGACCAAGAAGUAAAGUGUCCUUCCAAAAGGCUUCAAUGAUGCUGUUCUAAUUCUAAGUUAAUAUUUUAGUUGUUUUCCUAGUUCAUUUCUUGUUGAAUGUUUUGUCUACUUUUUUCUAGUUUAAGAAUAACCAUUUCUUUCAAAAAGUUGA